AUGGCCGACCUCACCAUCCGCAACCUCACCAUCACGCCGCUGGAGCUCGUCUCGGUCCAGCGCUUCCAGGGCGAAAAGGUGCGCACGGGCAACGUCGUGGCCAACGUCACGGGCACCAUCACCAGCUUCAUCAACGCCACCGACUUCUCCGCCCACCGCCUGCUGCCCCGGGGCGACUCGCACGACGCCCGCGACGUCUCCGUCCACCUCGACCCCUUCCGCGCCGUCCGCACCGACGUCCGCGCCCCAGACCCGGCCGGCCGCGAGAUCCUCCGGCUGACGUUCCGGGCCGGCGACCGCCGCUAUGAGACGGACGUGCCCAGCCCGUCGCGCAAGUCGGCCGUCAUGAAGCGCAUCGACGGCGGUGAUGACGACGAUGACGACGAGGAUGCCCUGGACCUCACCGUCGUCUACGUGCCCACCGGCGCCUUUCUCGCCGUCUUCUCCUCCGCCAAGCUCCACGCCUGGAUGCGGCAGCUCGACGACGCCUGGCCGCUGCCGCUGCUCUCCAUCCCCGGCACGCACAACUCGCCGACGUGCCACACGGCGCUGCCCUCGGUGCGGUGCCAGUCCGUCGGCGUCCCCGAGCAGCUGCGCAACGGCGUGCGCUUCCUCGACGUGCGCGUCUCCGUCAGCCCGGACUCGGACGCCCUGCCGCUCGUCCACUCCGUCUUCCCCGUCUCCCUCACGGGCAUCAAGUACUUUGCCGACAUGCUCGCCGACAUCUACAGCUUCCUCGACGCCAACCCCAGCGAGACGGUCCUCAUGAGCCUCAAGCGCGAGGGCGCCGGCCGCGGCUCCGACCACCACCUCAGCCGCCACCUCAAGGCCAGCUACGUCGACCGGCGGCCCGACCGCUGGUGGACCGAGCCGCGCGUUCCCUCGCUCGGCCAGGCCAGGGGCCGCAUCGUCCUCGUCCGCCGCUUCGCCCUCGACGACCACGUCGCCCGCGAGUCGUGGGAUGGUCGCGGCUGGGGCAUCGAUGCCCAGCACUGGCCCGACAACUGCGAGGACGGCACCUGCGACGGCGGCCACGUUCGCGUCCAGGACUUUUACGACGUCACCGAGAGCAAGAACAUUGAGCGCAAGAUUGACUACAGCCGCGGCCAGCUCGAGCGCGCCGCCGAGCGCGAGUUCCACUCGACGGCGACGACGACGACGGCGCUGCCCAUCUUUCUCAACUUCUUGAGCGGGAGCAACUUCUUCAAUGCCACGUGCUGGCCCGAGAGAAUCGCCGCCAAGGUGAAUCCCGCCAUUGUCGAGUAUCUCUGCAUCCGCCACGGCGAGGACGGCAAGGGGCCUAAGCAGCUCAAGGUCGGCGCGGGGAGCACCGGCAUCGUCGUCACCGACUGGGUGGGUGCGAAUGGCGAUUGGGACUUGAUUCGGUGCAUCGUGGGCUGGAAUGCGAGGUUACAGCUGCCCUGA